GACAUCAUGCACAAUAUGAAAAAAGUCAAACAGCUACGCUACUGGAAGACCCUGCUGGCUCCCGCGCUUCUUGUCGGAUGUGACGCAGUCACCACUUCCUGUAAUCGCACAGCAAACAUGGCCGCCUCCGGUAGCAGAUGCGUGAGGUCGCUCUUAUGGAAGUAUGACAUCUGCAAAAAGGGUUCAUGUGUGUCUUUAUCAAAGACGCGUCUGCAGCUACCAGUCAGACACAUUUGUGUGUCUACCUCUUUGUGGAGGAAGAACUUGGCAGCUGCAGGCCCACAGAAAUACACAGAGGAGUUUAUCAAGAAACAGGUGGAGGAGUUUGAGAUUGGCAAACGUCACCUGGCCAACAUGAUGGGGGAAGACCCAGAGACAUUUACGCAGGAGGAUAUUGAUAGAAGCAUUGCUUAUCUUUUCCCCUCCGGACUAUUUGAGAAGCGAGCAAGACCUAUUAUGAAGCAUCCGGAACAAAUAUUCCCAAAACAGACAGCUGUCCAAUGGAAUGCAGAUGGACGUCCUUUUCACUUUUUGUUCUACACAGGGAAACAGUCCUACUACUCUCUCAUGCACGAUGUGUAUGAGAAGACACUGGUGAUAGAGAGACAUCAAGACAAGAUGAGAAAUAAAGGUCUCUUUACAUUGGAUACCAAACAAAUUUCACUAACUGGGAGCCGAUGGCUGUUGAAAGAAGAAAUGGAGGAGCUUCUGGUGGAGAAUAUUUCGGAUGAAGAUUACAUGCGGUUCAUUCAGCUGAUGGAGAGACUGUUGGCCAUGCCGUACUGUUCGCUGGAGGAGGAGUUCGUAGAGAGGUUUCGCAGGCAGCUGGAAGUUCAGGCUUGUAAACAGGACAUACCCCCGAUACAGUACGACCAGGGGGGAGUCGCCUUCAGCGUUGCAAAUGGCAGAAGGAAGUCUGCCAACGCCAGCAUCACCCUCAGGGACAGCGGCUCUGGGAACAUCACCAUCAAUGGCAAGAACUACCUACAGUACUUUCCCUUAUUACAAGACAGGGAGCAGCUGAUGUUUCCUCUGCAUUUCGUGGGCAUGCUGGGCAGGUUCGACAUCGAGGGCAGCGUGGAUGGAAGCGGUCACUCUUCUCAGUCUGGAGCUCUGAGAUUGGCCGUCUCACGGGCCCUGCUCAGCUUUGUGUCGGAGGGAGAAAUGGAAAAAAUGAGGCAAGCUGGCUUGUUGACCGCUGACCCCAGAAUCAAGGAAAGGAAGAAGCCAGGCCAGGAGGGAGCACGCAAGAAGUUCACUUGGAAAAAGCGGUGAACAGAAACAGAUCAGUAUAGCACAGUGGCAUCGCAGGAUGACAAGGCAAAGAUUGUGGGACUAUUUUAUGGUUGUGGUAACCAUACCCUGCUAAACAAAGGCAUAAUCCAGUCCUUCUGCAUUUAACCAUGCGGUUAUAAAAUACGACUGCUGUUUGUUCUGAACAUCUCCCAAGUCUGCUGACACUGCUGUCCUUCUCUGUGUGUAUUGUGUAUAUUUAUACUAUAUUAAAAUAUUUUCAACAUCUUAAAUAAAAAAAAAUGUUUG